GGCAGAUCAGAUCAAGCUGCUGAACCUCUGAACUGAACCAGAGACCAAGGCUACAGGAGGAAGAGGCUGCUGAGGAUAAAACUCUCAUAAAGAAGCUCAGAAAGAGAAACUCAAGAAGAAGAAUGAAGCUGUUUGUUGGUGCUCUGGUCUUCGUCUCCAUGCUGUCUGUCUGCAGCGUCUCUCCGUCUUCCCGUCCUCCAGAUGAAUGUUCUGACAUGUCCACCCGUCUACGGACCUUCAGGCUGACGAUGAUCUGUAACACCACCACUCUAAAGGAGAAGCAACUGAAGGAGAUCCAAGCUCCGACUACCAACCUCUACCUGCCGGUCCUGUACCUGGUGGCUUUCAUCGUGGGUCUUCCCUCCAACCUGCUGGCUCUCUGGAUUCUGGUGUUCCGGACCAAACCUGUGCCGUCCAUCACUCUGCUCAUCAACCUGACGGUGGUAGACUGCCUCCUGCUGCUGAUGCUGCCGUUUCGCAUUAUCUAUCAUUUCCGAGGGAACCACUGGGAGCUGGGUGAGCCUUUCUGCCGCGUUGUCAUGGCAAUGUUUUAUGGCAACAUGUAUGGUUCUGUUUGGUGUCUGGCUUUUGUGGCUUUGGACCGCUACGUCGCUUUAGUUCACCCUUUCAGGGCCAGGACUCUGCGCAGCAUGCGGGUUUCUCUGUAUAUGGCAGUGGUGGUGUGGGUGGUGGUGCUGUUUGCCAUGGUUCCGGUGCUGAUUUCGCAGCAGACCUACUUCCUUCACAAGCUGAACAUUACAACCUGCCAUGAUGCACUUCCUGAGGACGAACAUGAGACCUACUUCCUGCCGUACUUCACCACCCUGUUUGCCUCCUGCUUCCUGCUUCCCCUCACCAUCGUGGUGUUCUGCCAUACCGCUGUAUUGCGUACCCUGCUGGCUGAGAGGAAGCGUUACGGCCAGGCCAUCAUGGUGACGGUGCUGGUGCUGCUCGUCUUCAUUGUGUGUCUACUGCCCAGCAACAUCCUCCUCCUCCUCACCUACACGGACAGCUGGGCAGAUGGAGACGGUGAGGACGUCUACGUCCCCUACAUGAUUAGCUUAGCGGUUAGCACCUUCAACAGCUGCAUCGACCCCUUUAUCUACUAUUUUGUGUCCACAGAGUUCAGGCAGAGGGCCAAGACUGCUUUGUGUUGCCGUGACAAUUGCAAAGUCAAACCGACUAAAUGCAAAAACAGCAUGUCCUCAUCAUCAGGCCCCAAGACACAGGUCACCCUGCUGUCCAUCUCCAGUCGGCGGGAAAUGUCUCAGACUGUUCUUACCCACCAACAGGACAAAGUGACGGUCACAUGACCGCUGACAUCAUCAGAAUAUCCCACAACAUGGUGAAUACUUAUCAAAUAUAUUGAUAUUCUAAGAUAUGAAGGCUUCAUUGGUCAGUUAUUGAUUCUGAUCAGCUGGUGUUUGUUUAUGUUGUUGAAAACACACAAACGUUUACAUUAAACAUGAAAACACGAUGAGUUAAAGAACCAAUCAGGAACCUCCGUUUGUUGUCUUUGUGUUUUUGGGACUCGGAGGAAUUGGUCUCAGGUAUCAUCUGACUUCCCCUCCUGGGAGGUUUCACAACCACUCACACCGGAAUCAUGUGACUGAAACAUGUUGGUCGAGCAGGAAGACAGCCCCCAGGAUGGUCAGGUGGUCAGUGACACACCUGUAACCAAACACACCUGAACCUACCGGGCAGACUAAAGGAACUGAGCUUCCUGUACUAGAUCCACGCCAGAACAUGAACCUGCUUCCUCCAAUCACAUCCAUUGACAGGUAUGAUCACAGCGCUGAUGCUGAACACGAACGACGAUGAAUCAGUCACAUUGAUCUCCUUGGAUUCUCUUCUUUUUUUUUUUUAACUUCCUGUGCAGCAUCGAUGGUCUUUAGGAUUUAAGGAUAUAAAGCUCCUCUUUAUACUGAAGUAUUUUUCUUUUUUUUUUAUUAGUCUGUUGCUGAAUUUACAUAUUAAAACAAAAGAAACUUUUUUUCCAGUCGUGUUUGUUUUCCUUUUAUCAGCUGAAGAUCUGUUGGUGUCCUGAGCUCGGUUACUUUUAUAGAUGAAACAGUCAUAAUGAGCUGAAUUACAAUAAAGUGGAACAGAUGAAACCAG